CUGAAAUCUAUAAUGAAAUUAUUUCAGUUAACCAAGCUAAACCUCAACCUACUAAAAACCCAAAACAAGGCCCAUUUUCACAAUACAAACUUUCAAUUCAACUUAAUACAUCCUUACUCAAACAACAUCCAAACAUUCCUCCUGUUUCUGAACUCAUUCUUACUUCAUCUAACUUAGAAGAAACAACUGCUACUAAUAAUGAUAUGGACAUCGACAGUUCUACAGCACCAUCAAAACCACAACAGCAACAAUUACAAACUCAACAAAAACAAAACAAGAACAACAACAACCUCAAGAUCAAGUCUCAUCCUUAUCAUAAAAACAACAGUCAAAUCAAAAACUACUUCAACAAGCUCAACUAUCUCAGUCCUACAGUCAAGUAA